AUGUCGGCCGACCCGCUGCAGGCAACCGCUGAAAAUGGUGGCUCACGGCAUCGGCGCGCCAAAUUGCGCGCUCAGGAGUCGCCCCGGCUAUCCUCAUCAUCGCUCAAACCUGCUAGCACGAGACGCAGGAAAAUUACGCGUGGCUUCCCCGUCUGGCUCUUCUGGCGCACCUGGGCGCUCCCUCUGGUCUUGAUGCUGGCCUUCGUCUCGGCAUACGCCUUCAACCCUACCGAGUCCAAUCUCGCCUACCACUUCCUGUUCCUCUCCUACCGGCUCGAGAGCGGCCAGUACGGCAAGGGCCGCUGGGAUCUCGCCUUCGUCUGCUUCUACACCAUCUUCCUGUCCUUCAGCCGCGAGUUCCUCGUGCGGGAGGUGCUGCAACCGCUGGCGCGCCUCGGCGGGAUCAGGUCGCACGCGAAGCAGGCGCGGUUCACGGAGCAGAUGUACCAGGCGAGCUACAUCGCUUUCGUCGGCCCGCUCGGCGUAUACGCCAUGAAGCAGACGCCGGGGCUCUGGUACUUUGCGACGCGCGGCAUGUACGAGUCGUUUCCGAACCGAACCCACGACGCCGUCUUCAAGUUCUACUACCUGUUCCAGACUGCGUUUUGGAUCCAGCAGGCCAUCGUGAUGCUCCUCGGUCAGGAGAAGCCCCGCAAGGACUUCAAGGAGCUCAUCGUGCAUCACAUCAUCACCAUCGCCCUCAUCAGCCUCAGCUACCGGUUUCACUUCACGUAUAUCGGCCUCGCCGUCUACAUUACGCAUGACAUUAGCGAUUUCUUCCUGGCCGUGUCUAAAUCGCUCAACUAUCUGAACCACCCGAGCCAGGCUGCGUCGUUUGCGCUCUGCAUCGCGGUGUGGACGUACCUGCGACACUACAUCAACCUCCGGAUCCUGUACUCGGUCGCGACCGAGUUCGCCACCGUCGGACCCUACGAGCUCGACUGGGAGACGCAGCAGUACAAGUGCUGGAUCUCCCAGAUCAUCACCUUCGCGCUGCUGGCCGCGCUGCAGGCGCUCAACCUGUUCUGGCUGUACUGCCUGUGCCGCGUCGCCUACCGCUUCGUGUUCCUGGGCAUCGCCAAGGACGACCGGUCCGAGGCGGAGGAGUCCGAGGCCGAGGCCGAGGGCGUGGAACGCAGGAAGACCCUGAACCUGGAGUCGUCGAAAGCGGUUGAAGAGAAGGGUGAGGGCGAGGGCACGGAGGCUGCGCGAUCCGGGCGGCGGACCAAGCUCAGGGGAUAG